GCCUCUCGGCGGGGUCGACACGCCGCGGCCCCGCGCGGGCUGCUCGGCCGAGGCGGCGCGUGUGCGGCGGCGGCGGCGGGCGGGAGCGCGGAGGUGGAGGGAAGGGGGGCGCUGUCACGGAGACGCGGGCCGCGGGAGCCCCCGGCGCCAGGCCACUCGGCUGCCCGGGCGCGGGCCGUGCGCGUCGCCCAGCCGGGCCGCCAGGGAGCCCACCGGGCGGAGGAGGGGGCCCGUCUCCCCUUCCGCCUUUUCCUGGGUCUCUCUCCCGGGCGGUGACGUGACGUGCUGACGGCGGGCCCGUGCCGGGGCGCUGGGCCGCUUUUUGUCAGCUCCGAGCUCGGCCCCUCCUCCCUCCCUCCGCCCGCCCCACCAGCCGGAGCCCGGCCCAGUGCUCCAGAGAAAGGCCGGCCUGCAGCACCCGCCACCGUCGCCGACCGCCCGCCCGCCCGUCCGGAGCUGUGACUGAUGAGAAUUAAAGGCCAUGGAUGAAGAUGGACUUGAAUUGCAGCCUCAAGAUCCAAACUCAUUCUUUGAUACAGGAGCUGAUGCAACACACAUGGAUGGUGAUCAGAUUGUUGUGGAAGUACAAGAAACUGUUUUUGUUUCAGAUGUUGUGGAUUCAGAUAUAACUGUGCAUAACUUUGCUCCUGAUGACCCAGACUCAGUUGUAAUCCAAGAUGUUAUUGAGGACGUUGUUAUAGAAGAUGUUCAAUGCCCAGAUAUCAUGGAAGAAGCAGAUGUAUCUGAAACAGUCAUCAUUCCUGAGCAAGUGCUGGACUCAGAUGUAACUGAAGAAGUUUCUUUAGCACAUUGCACAGUCCCAGAUGAUGUUUUAGCUUCUGAUAUUACUUCGGCCUCAAUGUCUAUGCCAGAGCAUGUCUUGACAAGUGAAUCUAUACAUGUGUCUGACGUUGGACACGUUGAACAUGUGGUUCAUGAUAGUGUAGUAGAAGCAGAGAUUGUCACUGAUCCCUUGACAAGUGAUGUGGUUUCAGAAGAAGUAUUGGUAGCAGACUGUGCCUCUGAAGCUGUCAUAGAUGCCAAUGGGAUCCCCGUGGACCAGCAAGACGAUGACAAGAGCAACUGUGAAGACUACCUUAUGAUUUCCUUGGAUGAUGCUGGCAAAAUAGAACACGACGGUUCUUCUGAAAUGACCAUGGAUACAGAGUCAGAAAUUGAUCCUUGUAAAGUAGAUGGCACUUGUCCUGAAGUCAUCAAGGUGUACAUUUUUAAAGCUGAUCCCGGAGAGGACGACUUAGGUGGCACCGUAGACAUUGUGGAGAGUGAACCUGAGAAUGAUCAUGGAGUUGAGUUACUUGAUCAGAAUAGCAGUAUUCGUGUGCCGAGAGAAAAAAUGGUCUAUAUGACUGUCAACGACUCUCAGCAAGAAGAUGAAGAUUUAAAUGUUGCCGAAAUCGCAGAUGAAGUUUAUAUGGAAGUGAUCGUAGGUGAGGAGGAUGCAGCUGCAGCAGCGGCGGCAGCUACUGCACAUGAGCAGCAAAUAGAUGACAAUGAAAUCAAAACCUUCAUGCCCAUAGCAUGGGCAGCAGCUUACGGUAAUAAUUCUGAUGGAAUUGAAAACCGGAAUGGCACUGCAAGUGCCCUCUUGCACAUAGAUGAGUCUGCUGGGCUUGGCAGACUGGCUAAACAAAAACCAAAGAAAAGGAGAAGACCUGAUUCCAGGCAGUACCAAACAGCAAUAAUUAUUGGCCCCGAUGGACAUCCCUUGACUGUCUAUCCAUGUAUGAUUUGCGGGAAAAAGUUUAAGUCGAGAGGUUUUCUGAAGAGGCACAUGAAAAACCAUCCUGAACACAUUACUAAGAAGAAGUACCGCUGUACUGACUGCGAUUACACUACCAACAAGAAGAUCAGUUUACAUAACCACCUGGAGAGCCACAAGCUGACCAGCAAGGCAGAGAAGGCUAUUGAAUGCGAUGAGUGUGGGAAGCAUUUCUCUCAUGCUGGGGCUUUGUUUACUCACAAAAUGGUGCAUAAGGAAAAAGGAUCCAACAAAAUGCACAAGUGUAAAUUCUGUGACUAUGAAACAGCUGAACAAGGGUUACUGAAUCGCCACCUUUUGGCAGUCCACAGCAAGAACUUUCCCCAUAUUUGUGUGGAAUGCGGUAAAGGUUUUCGUCACCCAUCAGAGCUCAAAAAGCACAUGCGAAUCCAUACUGGGGAGAAGCCGUACCAAUGCCAGUACUGCGAAUAUAGAUCUGCAGACUCUUCUAACUUGAAAACGCAUGUAAAGACUAAGCAUAGUAAAGAGAUGCCAUUCAAGUGUGACAUUUGUCUUCUGACUUUCUCAGAUACCAAAGAGGUGCAGCAACAUGCUCUUAUCCACCAAGAAAGCAAAACACAUCAGUGUUUGCACUGCGACCACAAGAGUUCGAACUCAAGUGAUUUGAAACGACAUAUAAUUUCAGUUCACACCAAGGACUACCCUCAUAAGUGUGACAUGUGUGAUAAAGGCUUUCACAGGCCUUCAGAACUCAAGAAACACGUGGCUGCCCAUAAGGGUAAAAAAAUGCAUCAGUGUAGACAUUGUGACUUUAAGAUUGCAGAUCCUUUUGUUCUGAGUCGCCAUAUUCUGUCUGUCCACACAAAGGAUCUGCCGUUUAGGUGUAAGAGAUGCCGAAAGGGGUUCAGGCAACAGAAUGAGCUUAAAAAGCAUAUGAAAACACACAGUGGUAGAAAAGUGUACCAGUGUGAGUACUGUGAGUAUAGCACUACAGAUGCCUCCGGCUUUAAGCGGCACGUUAUUUCCAUUCAUACAAAGGACUAUCCUCACCGUUGUGAGUACUGCAAGAAAGGGUUCCGAAGACCGUCGGAGAAGAACCAGCACAUAAUGCGACAUCAUAAAGAAGUUGGCCUGCCCUAAUGCUAUAAUGCUAUACUUCUACAAGCAUUUGUAGAGAUUGGCCUUGAAACAAAAUAAUUUUAAAGCCAGUCAGUCUUGUUCACAAACAAUACUGUAUAUUGAUUUAUGCUGUGUACAAAUAGAAUUAUUGCUUCUAGUUGCCUUUUUUUUUUUUUUACAUUUUUUUCAGUAGUGUGUUCUGAAUUCUAUUCAGUUUGUUUAAUAAAUGGGGGAAAGCGGCAACAAGCAAGUUGCUUUUAAUAAAGUAAUCCCUGGUUCUAUAUUGAAUUUUUCUAUCUUAGAAAUUUUAUAUUUAUUUAAAUAUUUACCUUGCUUACCUUGAUGGUACUCUUCUAAGGCCAUUUACUUAAGGUAACUUGACAUUGGUAACUUGGAAAGCAUUCAUGUGGCCUUGUUUAUUUUUCCCAUGAAUUUCUCACAAUAAAAUUGUCAGAGACAUCUACUAAUAUUCACAGAAGGUUUUACUAUAAGAGCUAAUAUCCUAACAUGGCAGUCAUUUACUUGUCUAGCUCAAUAUUUUUAGACCACAUGACAAUGAAGGUUUCUAUUUGAGCUUUUGCGUCCCUGGCAUCGCUGAGUAAGGAACAGUGGCUGGGUUCGUGUUUACUUUCCGUUUUGUUUAGCAGACAAAAUGUACUUUUUGGGGGGAUUUCUUUGAAGUAUUUACAUCUUUUGUCAGCAUAGCAAAGUUUUAGAGAAAUUUAUUGAAAAUUUUUGCUUGGGCCUGUUGUAAUUUGAUUAUUCUGUAUGUGCUGCUUUGUCUUGGAAUGGUUGUGAGAAUUAACUGAAGAUUGCAUUUUGGAAUCUCCUAGAGGUAAUUUGUGGCUCAUAGGAUCUUUUGCAACUUUAUAUAUGUAAAUGUACCCUGAAUUAUCUAUAUGCACAUAUAUAUAUAACACAUGUAUCUGUGUGUAUUGCUUAUUUUACAUAUUUAUACACACAACCCCAAGUAGUAGUUGUUUAAAAUCUAUAACGAAAGUAUUAAAAUUUACAAUAACAUGAAAGAUGCAGGGAUGCAUGUGAGAGCAUUUUAUAAGUCAUGCUCUUCAGAGAGACUACUCAGGUGAUGAAUUAGAAGGAAAAUAAGGACACUAGUAUUUUUAAAGAGUAAAGGUAUUUUAAGUAUCUUUGGUAAUUGAAAAAAUAGAAGUUAAGAUGUUUCUAGCUAGAAUGUUUUCAUACAACUUCAGCUCCAUGCCUUUAUAUUUUUCUGGAAAGUUGAGAUGAGAAUCCAGACAACUCCCUCUGUUCUCUCUGCGAAGCCCAUGGGGGAACAACGUGUGUCACCAGGUGAGGUGGACUGAGGAGGCAGCAGCUCCAUGUACCAGAAAUUGGGUGCUAAUUCAGCAGGUUCAACCUGAUCAGUUGUUUCUUGGUGACAGCCAGCAAACUUUUAAAAAAAACUCAAUGUUCGAGUUGGCUUUGAUUAAAAAGUUAAAGGUGCGUUUUAAGUGUCUGAGGGAAUUCUGAGGCCUUAUUUGUGGAACAUCACAAAGUCUUUCACAGUUUUGUGUUUUAGAGUUGAUAUUUUUUAACAAGUGAUUGUGAAUCAGUCACACGUUCAUAAAAUAAACUGGGCUAAUUGGAACAAAUUGAUUAGGUUAAGUUGAAUUGUGGAGAACUGAAAGUUUUGGGGGUCCCUUGGUCUGGGCACGAGAGUAUCUGACAUGUCGUAGGAGAUUAGGACUAUUCUUCCCACUUGGUAGCUACCUUGCCACUCCGUUACGGUGCUCCAUCCCCAUUGUGCGAUUUGGUUUUUUAUCUUGUGUCUUUCUCUUUUCCAUUAAUACUUGUAUUUAAGAGUUACAGCUUAGAAAUCUAAAUAGUUGGCGUUUAGCAAGCCUCUGAAGUGCUCGAUUGAUUUAUUCUAGUUCUAAAUCAGUACUCCAGGCUGGCGUGAACUCCAACCUGAAUGUCAGUCAAAGCCAAGGCCUGGCCUCUCGGUGGGAACCCCUGAUCCUCCUUGGCCCCGAUAACAUAUUUUCUCUUUUAAUUUAUUACUGUAUGAUUCAUUGCCCUCCAGUACUAUUCUUGAAAGCUCUGUCUGUUUUUUUGUGAGAACUUUAAAAAAGAUUCCUAAAUUUUUUUUCCAGAAAUGUAAAAAAAAUGUUAGCUAAAAGUGGACAUUGAUUACUUUAAAUGUCCUAAAUGUCCUGUAAAAUUGAUAUAAAAAGUAUAAAUAAUUGGACAUUUAAGUAUAUUUUUUUAAAUAAACUGAAAGAUAAAGAACACAACACUUUGCAUACACACUUUAUAUUUCUCUUACAUAAUCUGGAAUCAUACACAGUUCUUUUCUUUUUAAAGCACAAUAUUGAAACCUUUAAAAGGUAUUUAAGGGUUUGGUCAAGUAAAUAUGAUAAAAAUGUAUUUGUAUGUAUAAAGAUAAAAUUGUAGUCACUGUUAUGUACUGACAUUAGUUACAACCUAGUUUUAAUUCUUAAAACAAUUUUGAUUAGCAAAGCUAAAAAAAGGAUAUUUCAGUUAAAUGUUUUAAAGAGGUACAGAUUUUUACAAGGACAUAAUAUAAGUUAUUGUUCUGUAGAAAUACCCUAUUAAAUAUUGUAUGUCCCACCCUCUGUACACUUUGUAAAAAAAAGUAAAAUACAUAAAAAGAAAAUCAUAUAGGGAUGUGUGACAUUAUUGUAAUUGUGUACUUGAGAAUAACGUGCAAAAAUAAAAAUCAGAUUAUUUUCCUGUUAUGAAUGUUUAGUCUAUUUGAUACCAGUACUAAGUUAAUGCUUUUUCUGAAGGAAAAAAAAUGUACAGUUUUUGUAAAACCUAAUAAACAUCAAAAGCAGUGGAUUAUUUUCAUUUCCCCAUUUCUUAAUUCCUUUUAUGCAGCAGUAGUAUGCAAAGUGCUUGAUUGCUUUUAAUUUGUGACUCAGAUGCAAAUACUGAUAUUAUUUCAGCCCUGUGAAUUUGCAAGUACUUUCAAAAAAGUGAAAAGGGUACUGGUGAGUUCUUUCAUGAACGUGCCCUUGAAAUUCAUUUUAACCUUCAUAAAGGAUCUGUUAAAUUAGCACCACCAAUUCCCCUGAGGAAAAUAUCCAAUGCAUAAAGUAGUUUUUGAGAGCACUUAGUUCAUUUCAGUAUCAAUCCACAGCACGUUAGCCGUUUGAGAUUGUUCCCACCUCCACGGCAGUAGUCCUUCCUAGAGUUACUCUUUGUGCCCAGUUUGAAUAACUUUAGUAGACACUAAUAUACUGAAGAUUGAUUACGUCACCAUAAAAAUGGGAAGUUAGGUAAAGGUUUUCAUAAAUCAAAUAUGUUUAAGUCAUCUUUGUUUUUUUUCCUUUGAUUUAAAUGAGAACCUUCUAUUCUUCAGAUAUAUAGGAACAAGUUGUUUCCUAAUAGUUAAAACUAUAAGUAAUCAAAACUUGAGGUAAGUGAUCAAGAGAGCAUAGUAAAAUGUCACUGUCCAGUGCCAUAAACCUAACCCAACAAUAUGCUGAAAAACUGAGAUGCCUAACAGAAUAUCUUGCCAGUCCAUGAUCCUCAACCAGAUACUGCUCUCUUCUCUGGGAAUUUCAGUACUAACAGUUUUCUGUAUUUCCCAAGAAAUCUAGUAUUUGUGCAAGGAAAGGGUGUGCUCAGUCACAAUCUUAGAGGGGUAGGGUAGUAUUUCAGAACAGUGAUUUUUUUUUUUUUCCAAAAUGUGACCUGGCAGCAGCACCUUCAUAAUCACCUGGGACUUUGUUAAGGAUGCAAAUUCUCAGCCCCCGCCCCAAACCACUGAAUUGGGAAACUGGGCGUAGGGCCCAGCCAUCUGUGUUUUAACAUGUUCUCCAAGUGAUUGAAUGCGUGCUUAAGAUUGCAAAAACACUUUAGAGCACUUCAGGAACUCAGAAGAUGACUGGCGCAACAUUUUGUGUAGUGGACAAGAAAAAAUCUUAGAGAAUAGUCAGUGAAGAUGAAAUGGGACUUAGUUUUAUACCUUGACGUUACACCUUUCAGAGUGUGAGCCUGACAGUUAAGUAAAUCCCUCAGUGCACAUAUUAAUAGCCUAUAGCCUGUAAGUCUUACAUUGCUUUCUUCAGUUACGUUCCUCACAGUGAAGCCAAAUUCAGAGGAGACUACGAAAGUUAAAGAGGAGGGCUGAAAAGUGUGUCUGUCUGUGUUUAACCAAUUGGCCCAGUUUUACGUGAGCAACAGCUGAAAAGCCAUUUUGCCACAUGUUUAGAUAAGGUCAAAGUCAAGUUUGCCCUUUUGGAUUUUGUUUUAUCUUUUGUGUAUAUGUUGUUUGCUUUUUUCAUAAAACCUUGGAUUUGUUAUAUAUUGUUCCUGUUUUUGACAUCUUUCUAUUGUAAAUAAAUUCCUAUUUUGUUUUAA